AUGGAAAAUAUUGUUGAACAAAGAGUGUGCCUUAAAUUUUGUGUUUCGAAUGAUAUUUCAUGUGGUGAAUCACUAAAAAUGUUGCGAAAUACCUACGGCGAAUCGUGUAUAUCGAAAACAAGGGCUUAUGAAUGGUAUAAGGCUUUUAAAGAAGGCCGAGAAGUAGUAGUAGACUUGCCUCGUUCUGGUAGACCUUCAACCGCUACGACCAAAGAAAACAUCGACAAAAUCUAG